UCGGGGGGGGGGGGGGUCAACAGACCUUUAAGUUAACUGAUAAGGGGGCCCCUUCAACUACAGGAUUGGGUUGAAGUCCUAGCUUGUUCUUGGGAACUUGGAGGCUUCGAAGACUUGUUUUGAAGAUCACUAGAGUUACUAGAUAAAGGGUUGUUAGAGCAUGUGAGAUCGUUGGUACUUGUACUGGAUUAGUUUAGUUGUAGUUUGUAUGUCUUUUGAAUGUUUAGGGGUUGUUUUGUAAUUAUCUAGAAGUAAUAUUCCUGACCUAGUGUAGUUAAGAUUCCAGCAAAUUUAUAAAUUUGCUGGUUAGUCAGGAUGCUAGUAUAAAUACCCCAAGCAUUGUAACACAUUCAAGCUUUUGGCUCUUGGUGGAAUCAAGUGUUGUUUACAUUCUCAUUGAGCUUUGAUCUGAUUUCCAAGGUUGUUUAUUGUUAUAUCAUUCUGUUUGGAUUCAAUACAACACUAGUUGUAUUCCUCAAUCCAUUAGCUUCACCUUCAUCUUCAUUCUUGAUAUUUCUUGACUAAUCAUAGUUCAAACACUUAAUCAAUAGGUGUUUUGGACUAAAACAACCUACCACUGUGAUCCGGAUACGUUUUGGGAUCUACAAUUUGGUAUCAGAGCCUUUGUGCUCUUGGUUGUUGUGUUCUUGUUAAGAUUUUUCAUUGUUUUGAAGGUUUUUCAAAGUUUCAAGGUUUUUCAAAUUUUUGGGCUUAAAAUGGAUUGAUUUGGUGUGUUUAAUUGAUAGGUUGUUGUUAAUACUUGGUUAAGGAGUCAUUUUGGUCAUUUUGGUGCAUCAAAACAUGGUUUUUGGGCUGUUUUUAAGUGAUUAGAGGGUUUUAGUUCGUGAUAAACCCUCUGGUUAGCGAAGAUAACUUGAAUACAGCGAUGAGUUUUUGAAUACAACGAAGAUAAUUUUGAAUACAGCGAAUAUAUACUUUAAACGUAGCGAACAUAGCGAUAUUGUCUGAAUCGCUGAGUGUUCCGUCGCAUAAUCAGCAAAUUAGCCGACUAACGUUCGAGCGAAUUUGCUGAUCAUCAGCGAAACAGUAUCAUUUGACCCAUUAGCGAAUUUAUCGAAGGCGACUUCGAGAACCGUGCUAGCGAAUCACAGCGUUCCUAUCACGGUUUCCGGCAAUUAUAACCUAACUUCGUUUGGUGUUUGAUUUGUCAGCGAAGAUAAAUUGGUGUUCGUGCAGGAUCCAACAUCGUGUCAGCGAAGAUAGCGAACAAGUUAGCGGAGAUCAUCAGUCAACUUCGUUCGCCGGCGAAAUUAAAGAUCUGUCAGCGAAUUUAAGCCUGUUUCAGCACACGUUUGUCAAAAACAAAGAAAAAUGUCGCUAAAUCAACUAAGUCCAAUCGCUCAAGCGGAACUUGAAACUGGAACCACAACUCGCCCACCAAAGUUGAAAGGAGCGGAAGAUUUUAGCACUUGGAAAACUCGCAUUCAGUCGUUCUUCGAGUACACGGAUUACAAUCUGUGGCUCUCCGUUACGGCCGGACCUCACGUUCCUACGGUAGUUAGAGGAGAUUCGGUGGUUCCUAACAAUGAUGCUACCACCUUCACUGACGAAGACAAGGCCCUCAUUCAACGUGAUCGUCGUGCACACGCCGCUCUAACCAUGGCUUUAUCAACAAACGACUGCAACAUGUUUGAAGAACACCGAACUGCUAAUGCACUCUGGAAUGCAUUGAUCGAGUACUAUGAGGGAAAUGAAGAACUGAUCGAAAGCAAGAGAGAUAUGGUGCAAAAGCAAUACGACAUGUUUUGCGGAGUCCGUGGAGAGAGCCUGUCUGAUCACAUUAGCCGCUUCCUAAACAUGAUGACCAAAAUGAAGAAAGCUGGAAAUCCUGUAACCAAUCGUGCUGCAAUAAAGAAAUUGCUUGACUCGCUCCCCAAGGAAUGGAGCCUGCAGUGUAUGAUGAUCAAGAAGGAAUUCCUCAACAAUCCUAAUCCUGUUACUCUGUCAGAUCUGAUCAACACUCUAAGGGCAUUUGAAAUGGACGUAAACAAGAGAGAGAUGAACACUGCUGGAUAUCAACCUAAAGCAACUCAACCUUCAGCAGGACUGAAGAAUGUAGCGUUUCUCGCUUCAGGGGGCAUUACUCCACAAGCUUCUGAUCUAAUUUAUGCAAAUGCUUCCGCAAGCGCAUCUAAAGCCCCACAAAUUGUUGAGAAAACGAUCACUGUCGAUACUCAAGCACUGAAAGUUUCAACCGAGAAUGUGGCACUCUUCAACACUUUCCUAAGCAGCUAUGAAGCCCUAAUGUCUGGGGAAUUGAGGAAGGAGAUGUUUACUGCCGAAGACAUGUAUCAGGUUGAUCCAGAUGAUAUGGAAGAAAUGGAUCUGAAAUGGCAAAUGGCCAUGAUCACUCUGAGAUUGAAGAAGUUUCAAGACAAGACAGGCAAGCGAUUAGGUCUUGGAAAAGCUGGUUUUGAUAAGUCUAAGCUGAGGUGCUACAACUGUAAGAAUCUUGGACACUUCAAGCGUGACUGUCCGAUGUUGAAAGAGGGAAACAGUGAAGCUACUCCUGCUGCUAAACAGAUCACUGCCGAAGAGAACAAAAGCAACGCUUCUCCCAGCACGCCAAAGGCUUUGGUUGUUGAAGACUAUGACUGGAGCGAAGAGAUCACUGAAGCUAAGGAACAAGUCAACAAAGCACUGAUGGCCAAAAUCUCUAGUGAAUCAUCUGCAAAGCACUUUGAGAAGCAGACAACGGGAAUCCCAACUGGAAACAAUGAUGCUGACCAGGGAUUGAAAGGUAUUCUGCCUUCAGUGGAGUCUGGUGAUAAAGCUGAAAAAGAUGCUGAGAAAGGAAAGGAUAAAGUUCAAGCUACAGCCAUGAAAGCAGAUGCAUCAAAAGAGAAGGCUGACAAAGACUUGAUUCCAUUGAGUGUAAAGAAGAUGUUUGCGAUGAUGAUGGAGACUGCGGAGGGUCAAAAAUAGGAAUUGGUUAUUCAGGCGACAGUUAUUCCACCGUUAACUGGUUCGUCUGGAAUUGUUCUAAAAACAAUGUUAAGGAUGAAUGUAAUAGUUUAAGUAGGAUGGAUGACUGUAAUGGCCAAGUGCCUAAAACUAAAUCUGUGGAUGACUGUAAGGGCCAUGUGCCUACAUUUGAGACCCGUGAUCAUGAACCUUAUGUGUCUGAAUGUCAUGGUUUGAAUUAUGCGUGUCAUGAUGAUAAUGUUGCUUGUGAAUCUCCUGUAUUUGUGCCAGAAUUAAAAAGGAAUAGCUUUGGAAAAUUCCUUACAAAGGAAAUUCCCGAAUUUAUUCCUUCCAGAACAGGUAUGACAGAAUCAGAAAAGAAAGCUACUGAAGAUCAAGAUAAUGUAGAAACAAGCGCCAUUAUCACAGAAGACGAACAUACAUCAGUAAGUUCGCAUUCAGAAAUCUCAACUGAAGAUCAAGCAACUAGUGAUGAAAGCUUCGAAUGUUCAAGUUGUGAAGCAAGUGAAGAACAAAAUUCAAGCAAGGACAACACGUCUGAAAGCUCAUUCGAUUCAGACAGUGAUGAAGAAUUUCCCGAAGAUGAAAGCAGAGUGGACAAGAAAAUGAAGAAAGCAAAAAGCUCAAGAUUCUCAUCACAUACAUCAUCUUCUCACACCAAAAGACCCAGACAUAAAAGAUGUUUUCGCUGUGGUCAUUUAGGACAUACAGUGAAACAUUGUAAAACCAAAAAGUUUCCUAAACCAGAACAUGAUUUUAUUACAAACGUCACGCAGCAACUAAAUUAUCUUAAGAAAUCUGUUAAAAAUCUGGUUGAUUCAACUGCGUAUCUUUGGAAACAAAAAGAGGUCAAAGUGGGUCAAAACCACGAUAGAUUUGAAAUGAAACAGAUUUGGGUUCCUAAAUCAAACUAAUCUGUAUAUUUGUACAUUUGUAUAUAUCAGAAUAAGCUCC